AUGGGCUCCAAGACCUUGGAAAUCGAAGACGCUCCGGCACACGAUGGCCCAUCGACAGCUGGUCCCCAACCCGCCGGCGGAGAACCACGAGGUGCUCAUCUGUCGAGAGAUGGAGAUGGGUGCAUGGGCAGCAAAGGCGCCGCCGACGGCGAUGACGACGACGAGCCUCAUGACGCAGCUCCCGCCUUGAUGAAGACCGCCUCUGCUGUCUCAAACAAGAAAAAGAAACGCAACAGGCCCAGGAGGAAGAACAAGGCGUCUGUUCCAAAGCAAUCGUCGCCUCCGAGAGUCCCACUGCACGAUAUCUUCCCCUCGGGCAAUUACCCCGUGGGCGAGCUUCUGAGCUACGGUGUUGCGUCCGAAACUACGAUUAGGACAAAGGCGCCCGAGCUGCGUUACGAGGCCCAUCGUUCUCUCGAGGACAGCGCUUUCCUCAACGACUAUCGAAAGGCCGCUGAGGUGCAUCGCCAAGUUCGACAGUCGGUACAGCAGACUGUCAAGCCCGGCCAGACGCUCACAGAUAUCGCCGUCGGAAUUGAGGACGGCGUCCGAGCGCUCCUGGGUAACGCCGGGCUAGAGCCAGGCCACAGCCUCCAGGCGGGCAUGGGAUUCCCUACGGGGCUUUCUCUGAAUCAUUGUGUGGCCCACUAUACACCCAACCCAGGCCGAAAGGACGUUGUUCUCCAACACGAAGACGUGAUGAAGGUUGAUUUUGGUGUUCACGUCAAUGGCUGGAUCGUCGAUAGUGCAUUCACCGUGGCAUUCGAUUCCACCUACGACAGCCUCCUCGCUGCCGUCAAAGAUGCGACCAACACGGGCAUCGAGACUGCUGGAAUCGACGUCCGCAUUUGUGACGUCAGUUCCGCAAUCCAGGAGGUCAUGGAAAGCUACGAAGUCGAGAUACGUGGCAGAAUGUUCCCCGUCAAGCCCGUGCGAAAUAUUUGCGCACAUGACAUCAAGCAGUACCGCAUUCACGGCGAAGUCUUUGCCAUCGAAACGUUUGGAACCACAGGCCGUGGUUUUCUCAGGGACGAUACAGGCAUUUACGGCUAUGGAUUGAGUCAUGAUGCUCCGAGGGCGGUGGCAUUGCCUCUGACCUCGGCCAAUCGGUUGUACAAAACCAUUAAGGAGAACUUCGGCAGUCUUGUUUUCUGUCGCCGCUACCUUGAACGCCUUGGCUGCGAACGUUAUCUGGCUGGUCUCAACUGCCUUGUAUCCAAUGGGAUACUCGAACCUUACCAACCCCUGGUGGACGUGCCUGGGUCCUAUUCCGCACAGUUUGAACACACGAUCCUGCUGAGGGAGUCGAGGAAGGAAGUUAUCAGUCGGGGGAACGACUAUUGA